UAUAACUCUAUUCUUGUUUUGAGAUCUGGCAAGUACAAUCGCAGCAAACUAAUUGUUUUGUUUAGUUUAUUACAACGACUACUACUACUACUACUACUACUACUACCUCUACUACUACUGCUGCUGACUAACCUGAGAUCACUUCAGAUUCAGCAGUGAAACCUAUGAUCAAAGACGUUUUAACUGUGACAGUCUUUAGUUCAGACAUUAUAUAUCUUGUGCUGGUUCCCAUUCCUUUUCCAACUCACCGGAGGAAAUUUAACUGCUCUUUCUGAAAAAAAAAAGGUUAUAUGACGCACCCCUUGUCAUCUCUUGUAGCUGUUGUUAAGAAACAGUCGACAGUAUUCUCCUCACCACCACUAUAUGUUCUAAAUCAACAAGUCCCUGUCCUUCCCACUUCCAGUAAGAUCUCAUUACUAGUGAAGGAAGUUAUUAAUGGAAUAAUCUUGGAAUUGUUUUUACCAUGUCUUCAGACCUCCACAUGCUUCUCAAUUUACCAAAGUAUCAGAGGAUACAUUGUGAAACAUCGAAGUCAAAACUGGCUUUUAAUAAACCCAAAGGUGAUAGCUGGAUACAGCUGGCUGGACACGAACAAACCUUUGCUCCAGCCACAAGUAACACAAUCUGGAAGAGACGAUUGUCUGAUGACAGCAACGAAUUCCAAACAUACAAAGAACUACAGACUGAUGUAGCCAAGACUAUUGUUCCUAAAUUCUACCAGCAGAUUGAAUACCAUGGGCAGUAUUUUAUUGAAAUUCAGAAUUUGCUGGAAGAUUUCCAUGAUCCGAACAUAAUUGAUAUGAAAUUAGGAACCAGGACAUUUCUUGAAUCAGAAGUGAUAAAUGAGUCAUUAAGGACAGAUUUAUUUAAGAAGAUGGUCAUGAUUGACCCUACAGCACCUACAGCUCAGGAGAGACAAGCAAAAGCCCUAACCAAACUUCGGUAUAUGCAGUUUAGAGAACAGCAAAGUUCAUCUGCAUCACUGGGAUUCCGAAUCGAGGCUGUAAGGAUGUCUGGAGAAGCACCAAAUGCUAAUUUGAAAAAAGUCAAAACAAGAGAACAAGUUACACAUAUCAUUCACAAAUUUUUGCGAAACAAAGUAGUACGACACUCGUUUCUUCGGCGUCUCAGAGAGAUGCGUUCCGUUUUAGAAUCAUCAACAUUUUUCAUGAAACACCAGUUAAUUGGAAGUUCGUUAUUGGCAAUAUAUGACAGCACUGGCAAAACUGGGGUCUGGCUAAUAGAUUUCACAAAGACAACUCCUGUACCAGACCACAUCCAAAUUGACCACCGCAGCCGCUGGAAGAAGAAUUCCUAUGAAGAUGGUGUCCUCUUCGGUUUAGAUAAUAUCAUACAGAUUUGGGAAGAAAUGGAUGAAGACACUGCUGAAUCUCAGACUAAUGUCAAACUUACGUGAAUGUCAUAGUAGAAUGUCUGUGUGUCCCCUCAGACUAGGAUCAGCAUUUCCAUAUAGAACCCCUAUGCAGAAAAGCAGUGUCUUUGAAGUUUACCAAUCAAAUUUGAUAAUCAUCAUUCCAGACAUACUCACACACAUACUGACAGUGUGUGCAUGUAUAUAUAUGUGUGUGUGUGUAUAUAUAUAUACAUACAUAUAU